AUGUCGACCGAAGCCCCCACAUCGCAGAAACGGGGACCCGGCUCGACAUACGACCGGAAAGCUUUUGUCGGAAGCAUCAAGCGAUACUAUGAACUACUUUCCAAGAUGAUCUCGAUCAGGCCCAAGCACAUCGCUUACCCCCCGGAAGGAGGUUGGGGCGACGGCAUCAUCCCCCUGGAGAAGUUGCGACGCCUCGGCUUCAACGACACGAUGAUUGCCCUGGUCCGGUAUCUACCAGUGGCUUUCGUGAGCCCGACGAGGAGUAUCAACUCGAGGAUUCCAAUCUCGCUGGACUCUGGCCGUUGCCAGAGGAAAGAAUCCCCCAAGGCAUAG